AUGGCGUCUCUUUAUCAAAGAUUCAGCAGCGGGACCAUCGAGACCAACAAAUCGUUCCCAGAUCCUCCAGAGGCGAGUCACCUGCUCGGGCAGAGCGCGGAGGGGCAGCGGGGACCGGAGAGCCACAGAGCCCGGCUCCAGCAGCAGUACCGCCGCCAACACGACGACGAGGACGAGCUGGUGGGCAGUAACCCUCCGCAGAGGAACUGGAAGGGAAUAGCGAUCGCCCUCCUUGUCAUUCUGGUCAUCUGCUCCCUGAUCGUCACCUCCGUCAUCCUGCUGACACCAAGAGAGGACGACCGUUUGGCCCUGAAGAGCAAACUGACAGUGACAGACCUGUUCAAGAAGGACUUCAAAGUUCACGACCCCAACGCCAAGUGGAUCAGCGGUAAUGAGCUGCUCUUCCGUAACCGCGAUGGAGACGUCGUCAAGUUCAACGUCGACACCAAUGAGACGACCGUUUUGGUGCACAACAAGAAAUUUGAAAUGUACAAAGCCACCAAGUACGAGGUUUCUCCCGACCUGAAGCAUGUGCUGCUAGCCUACAACGUCGCUCCGGUGUACCAGUACUCGUACACGGCCUUCUACAUCAUCUGCAGUCUGGAGACUCCAGAAACGUGGAACCUGAACCCUCCUGAAGUGAGAAACGCUCAGCUGCAGUUUGCGGGAUGGGGACCUCAAGACCAACAGCUGAUUUUCAUUUUCGAGAACAACAUCUAUUUCCGCUCCAAAGUCGAGAGUCGCUCCAUCCGUCUGGUGUCCACAGGGAAAGAAGGCGUGAUCUUCAACGGCCUCAGCGACUGGCUCUAUGAAGAGGAGAUUUUCCACUCCCACAUUGCCCACUGGUGGUCUCCAGAUGGCGCUAGACUGGCCUAUGCCACCAUCAACGACAGUCUGGUCCCAAAGAUGGAGCUGCCCAUGUUCACCGGGACGCCGUACCCGAUGGGGAAGGAGUACCACUAUCCAAAGGCCGGAGAAGAGAACCCCGUCAUCACUAUAUACGUGGUGAACUUGAACGGUCCGCUUCACACCAUAGAGAUGAGGAGGCCGGACGAUACCAGAAUAGGAGAAUACUACGUUACCAUGGUGAAAUGGGCGACUGCGACAAAACUGGCCAUAAACUGGAUGAACCGUCCUCAAAAUAUCUCUGUCCUAACUCUGUGUGAGGCCACAACUGGAGUCUGCACCAAGAAACAUGAAGAUGAAAGUGAGGGAUGGCUGCACACACAGAAUGAGAGUCCGCUGUUUUCUAGAGACGGUCUGAAGCUGUUCUUCACUCGUGCCAUUCCUCAAGGCGGGAGGGGAAAGUUCUUCCACAUCUCCAUGUCCACCUCACAGGUGAACACGAGCACAGACACACUACAGUCCAUCACAUCUGGAGACUGGGACGUGACGCAGGUCCUGGCCUUUAAUGAGGAGAGCCAGCUCAUAUACUUCUUGAGCACAGAGGAUGGGCCAAAGAGAAGACAUCUGUACAGUGCCGACACGUCCGGCUCCUUUAACCGUCGCUGUCUGACCUGUUCACUCCCCAACACGUGUGGAUAUGUGAGUGGAUCCUUCAGCCUCAACAUGACCUACUUCCUGCUUGAAUGCAAAGGUCCAGACGUCCCGUUUGUGUCGAUAUUCAGGACACAGAUCGAUGAAGACGCACAGGAUGGAGAGAGUAUUGUAGAAGUGUACAGACUAGAAAACAAUGAUUACCUGAGGAGGAUCCUGGACUCAAUGCAGAUGCCCACAGUGGAAUACAAGGAGGUCAACAUGGACGACUACAUUCUGUCAAUGCAGAUUCUGAAACCCGCGGGCUUCAUGGACACAUCUCACUAUCCUCUCCUGCUGCUCGUCGAUGGGACCCCUGGUGGCCAGUCGGUGUCAGAGCAGUUCCAUCUGGACUGGUCCACGGUCCUGGUGAGCAGUUUUGGGGCAGUGGUCCUUCGUGUGGACGGCAGAGGCAGCGGCUUCCAGGGAACCAACCUCCUGCACCGGAUUCAGAAGAGACUGGGAAUUUACGAAGAGCAGGAUCAGAGAGACGCUGUCAAUCUGAUGUUGAGAGAACCCUACAUCGACAAGACCAGGGUUGGAGCUUAUGGCAAGGAGUACGGAGGCUACAUCACCAGUCUGCUCCUGAGCGCGGGAGAGGGGUCGGCUGUAAAGUGUGGAGCCGUUCUCUCUCCCAUCACGGACUUUGAAUUAUACGCGUCGGCGUUUUCAGAGCGGUACCUCGGCCUCCCUAAACCCGACCCAAGAGCCUACACUAUGGCUAAUUUAGAGCACAGAGCUUCUCAGUUCAUGGACAACAAGUUCCUCAUCAUCCACCCCACGGCCGACGAAAAAGUCCAUUUCCAGCACACGGCAAAAUUCAUCUCCAGACUCAUUAAUGCAAAGGCCAACUACACUUUACAGAUUUACCCAGACGAGGGCCACUUCAUCCGCAGUGAGGCCACACGGCAGCACCUGAGCCAGUCCUUGGUCAACUUCUUCGAGGAGUGUUUCCGACUCCCCGAGCGCAUUUUCGAGGAGACGCUGGAAGAGGAGAGCGAAGAUGAAGUCUGAAAAUAGCGUCCCGAGUAUCUGCAGUCACCCAUGUACACACCCAAGCACAAUAACGGAUCCCCACGUCAGCUAUAUGCAACUUUUAUCUGUUUUGUCCAGCCAUUUUCAGUGCAUUUGGGCUCGUUUGGGUCAAGACUGCUUUUCUCGCAGACGACAAGUCCACCAUCUUUGCUUCAGUAUUUCAAAUCACCCCAUACGAUAUACAGAGAGCCAACAGAACGACCUGGCAACCUAACCAUGUCCAAAGUGUACAUUUGGAUAUUUUGAAACUGUGCAGGAAGGAGGUCUUUUUUAACCAAUGGAUAAUCUCCUUGAAAGCGAGUGACUUUCGAAUAGUGGAUUAAGGAGAAUUAACAGAGCACACUGACUGCAGUUGUCUUGUAAAUAAAUAAAUGAACUCAAAAAGGAUGCGGACUUUGUAUCCUAACGAGGAAAUGUAACUAUUUUUCAAAGUGGUGAUGAACUCCUCACGUGGGACUGUGGUUGUGUCUUUUGUUUUUAUGUAAAGUAGCACACAGACUUUGACAUAUAGGCCUGUCUCAUUAUUAAGUCGCCCUAACAUUGAUUAUAUCCUGGUUUACUUCAUUUAGACAUACAGUUUAUUCACUGUGCCUUAAUGUGCAAUCAUCUCUAUAAGUUGACAUUUGCCUAGGCUAUUGUUUUGAAAAUUUGUAUUAUAUCUGUGUAAACAUCUCAAGUUUUCCUAGAUGUUAAGACGCCAAAUUAGUUAAAUUAGGCAUCGAGAAUUUGACCCCCGUUCAUCUGUCUCCAUGACAACAAAUGUUUAAAAUGCUGUGUCCAAAAUCACUGAUAAGACCUGAGAUAUCUGAUCUAUGUGUUAUUUUGUAUAGUAUUACUCUUAUUCAGUACAGCAAAGCCUUGAGGUAAUGAAGAUUUUUAUUUUAUUUUUUUAAUUAACUAUAAUAUACAACUACACCUUGUACUGAAUCUGAAAACAUGACCAUGUGACUCAUGUUUUAGGUCCAACAUGAGUCUAUCCUUCUGCAUUUUGCCCAUAAGCUUUGUCAUUUAGAGCUCCCCCUUGUGGUGAUUCUGGACACAGCAUGUACCAGUGUACAGACUGCAUGCACUAUUGUUUGUAUGAUUAUGAAUGGUAAGUGGUAGGAAAAGGAUGCUUAAAGGGAUUUUUGUAGUAAACUAUCAAUGGAAAUCAGUAUUAGACCCCAAGACACUUUUUGUGUAUAUGCGAUGUGUGUUUUUGGGAGGGCAGGUGCAGUGCAAAAUAUAAAUUAUUACUCAUUUCUAAGGCAUAUUGUUUAAGUUUGUAUUUUUCUACUGUUCAGCUAGUAUUAGUUUAAAGAGCCAUUUGUGUUUCAUACAUUUCCAUGCAUGUCCAGAUGGGGGCGCUCUCCCCUAUCCCUUUGUUCUCACUGUAGGUUUUUGACAUCUUGAAUGUUCCUGACUGGACUGCAUUACCACAUUUCCAGUACUAUAUUGUGAUUGAGAUCCCAGUCUUGGUGUAUAAAUGUUAUUCAAAUAUCAUUUUAUUCUAUUGAGAAAAGAAGAUAUUAUCCGAGUGUUAUUUGUGCAUAAAGCAUUUUGGGAGUUUAACUGCUCAUUCCUCCAGUCGCUGUUUUUCAGUUAAAUGUGGACUUUAUACAGUAAAAUGUCUGAAAUUUGUAAUCCAAAGCUUAGGACGAGAACCGACUGUGGCAUGAAGGUACAUGUUAGAAUAAAACGAUACAUAUUUUAUCAUC